GCUGCUGGCCGGGAGGCAGGUGGCAGCCAGGUAGACAGUGGAGGAAGCAGGAACCCAGGGACGUGAGAUGGGAGGCAAGGCCAUGUCCGGAAGCCAGCUGUGGGCUGCUGUGGUCCUCCUGCUGCUGCUGCGGAGUGCACAGUCCGUCCUCAUCAAGUACGAUGGCUUCCAAGUAGAGCUGGAAUCUGUGAAGAAGCUGAAUGAGUUGGAGAAGCAGCUGGCAUCCAACUCCUUACCAGAGACCAGUUCCCCUCUACCCGCUGUGUGCCAUCACCUUGCUUUGCCCGAGGACCUCCAACCUGUCUGCGCCUCCCAGAAAGCUGCCAGCAUCUUCAAGGCCUUGAGCACCAUCGCCACUGACGAAUGCGAGCUGUGUAUAAAUGUUGCCUGUACGGGCUGCUACUGAAAUGACCCUGGGUGUCUUAAGCCCACUCUAAACACCCACCUGUCCCCCAACCUACCCCAUCCACACUCAGGCAUCAUUGGAGUAAUCACCACCCUCCCAGGAUAGCUGGAUCCAUGACAAGGCAAUGGGACACAGGAAUGGCAUCUUUGGCCUCCAUGCAGCUGCAUCUGAAUAAAGAUACUACCCACAAAA